AUGUUGUUGCCUCCCUUCUCUCCCUCCUCUACAUUUACGGUGAAUACCCGUCAUCGGCUCCUACCCUCAGGUAAAUACUUCAGCCUCUCCUCAUCAUUCGGAGGCGAAGGAUCCCUACUUCGUGGAAUCAGUUCAUCGCAUCAGACCAACUUCAAUCGAGGAGUGCAACCAGAAAACACUGGAGCACAGUCGGUCUCACUGAAUCGCUGGAGCAUAACAGCAGGAUUCGUCGUAGCAACGAGACUCUCUUCUGCUAUUCACAUGUUCUGA